AUGGGUCUUCAACCGAGUACUGUGACUGUCAAUACGCUGAUAAAGGGACUGUGCAUUAGGAACCAGGUUGGAGAAGCAUUGGACUUUUAUGAUGACAUCAUGGCCAAAGGAUUUCAGUUAAAUGAAGUUAGUUAUGGAACCUUGGUUAAUGGGCUAUGUAAACUGGGCAAAUUAAGGUCUGCCAUUAAAUUGGUCCGAAAGAUGGAGAGGCAUUCAGUUAAGCCUCAUGUAGUCAUAUACACUACAAUCAUUGAUAGCCUUUGCAAAUGUGGACAAAUUGUUGAGGCCCAUGCAUUCAAGGGACAGUGGCAAGAAGCUAACUGGUUGCUCCAUGAAAUGGUACUAUUGAUAGCCAUCGAGCCUGAUGUUUAUAUGUUUAAUAUAUUGAUUGGUGCAUUUUGUAAAGAAGGAAAGAUCAUAGAAGCUGAAGUUGCUCUUGGCAGGAUGAUGAAAUGUGGCGAGAUACCUACUGUUGUAACUUACAAUUCAUUAAUGGAUGGGUAUUGUUCAAUGGACAAUGUUAAUGAGUCAAAAGAAGUAUUUAAUAAGAUGAUUCGUAGUGGGCUGGCACCUACUGUAGUUAGUUUUAAUAUCUUGAUUGACGGAUUAUGUAAGAGCAACAUGGUUGAAGAAGCUAAGGUUCCGUUUAAAGAGAUGGGUCACAAAAGCGUAGAUCCCAAUGCCUGGACUUACAACUCUCCUAUUCAUGGCAUGUGCAGAUUAGGAAAAAUGUCAUCUGUGCAGGACCUUGUUGAUGAUAUGCAUGAUAGUGGUGUUGCCCCAGAUGUAGUCGCUUGUAACAUUUUGUUAAAUGCAUUUUGCAAAAGCCGGAAUAUCGAUCAAGGGAUUGCAUUAUUUCAGCAAAUGGUUGCCUUGGGAGUUCAGCCUAAUUUGCGCACACUUAACAUACUUAUUUAUGGUUUGUGUAAAGGUGAUAGAGUAAAUGAUGCUUGGGAGAUUUUGAAUACCUUUUGA